AUGUCUCCAAGACAAUGGGACGCGACAUACCAGCGCUAUUUCUUCAUCGACACCCGGGCGCCGGGCGGGCCCCAGUCGCACUGGAUCCAUCCGAGCGACCAAGCCGGCGCCUCCGACCCCCGCGGGGCGCCGCCCGGCCCGGCCUCCCAGCCGCCCCCUGGCGCCCCUUACCAGCCUUACGCCCAGCCCUACCAGCCCGGCUACGCCCCCCAAUAUCAGCAGCCGCAGCAACAGCAGAUGGCUCCCGGCCCGGCCCCGAACGCCCGCCGCCCGGGAGGAAUGAAUCCGAUGUUAGCAGGCGCAGGCGGUCUCGCGGGCGGCAUGGGGUACGAACAGGGGUACGAACAGGGGUACGAUAACGGGUUCGAGAACGGCGACGAUUGGGGCGCGGACGGCGGCGACUUCGGCGGCGACUUCUUCUGA